AUGGGUCAUUUACGCCCAGCCCUCUCAUGGGCGUCGGCGUAUCGAAACACGAAAACCCCAUUCACCUGCGUUUCAUGUCUAUCACAUACUUAUAAACAGCGACGAUUCCCGUCAAGAACACAUGCAACGCAGGCGCAUCCCAAAAAACCAUAUUACGUUACAACACCAAUCUUCUACGUCAAUGCCGCCCCCCAUGUCGGCCAUCUAUUCACUAUGGUCACUGCGGACGUGUUGAAGAGAUGGCAGCUCCUCCUCGGCAACACAGACGCGCAAUUAUUGACAGGCACAGACGAGCAUGGCAUGAAGAUACAGAGGGCAGCACAGGAAGCAGGAAUGGAUACGCAGGAGUUUUGCGAUAUGAACUGCCAGACUUUCAAAGACCUAGCCAAAGCGGCGAACCUGAAGCAUGAUCAUUUUAUUCGAACUACCGAUGACGCCCACAAAGAUGCCGUCCGAUAUUUUUGGGAAAUGCUUCGGCAUCGGGGCUACAUAUAUACGGCGAAACAUGAAGGAUGGUAUUGCGUCAGCGACGAGACCUUCUAUCCUCAAUCGCAGGUGCAGGCCUCUCUCGACCCUGCGACGGGCAGAAAGAUCAUGACUUCUGUCGAAACUGGCAAGGAAGUUGAAUGGUCAACAGAAACCAACUACCACUUUCGCCUGUCUGCCUUUCGAGACCGGCUUUUGGAGUUUUAUAAAGAGAAUGUAGACUGGGUAUCACCCAGCCCCUAUUAUCGCGAUCUAUACAGCUCGAUUGAAUCUGGACUUCAAGAUCUUUCAAUAUCACGGCCUGUGGAGCGUCUGUCCUGGGGGAUUAGAGUUCCUGGGGACGAGACUCAGACUAUAUAUGUCUGGUUAGACGCCCUCGUGAAUUACCUGACCAAAGCUGGCUACCCGUUCACACCGGGGAAGGAGAGCGAUCUAGGAUGGCCAGCAGAUGUGCAGGUGGUAGGGAAGGAUAUCAUGCGCUUCCAUUGCGUGUACUGGCCCGCGUUUCUGAUGGCCCUUGAUCUACCCCUCCCCCGGAAAGUUCUCGUCCACGGACACUGGACGAUGAAUCGGGAGAAAAUGUCCAAGUCGACGGGAAACGUAGUGAAUCCAUUUUUCGCAAUCAACCGAUUUGAUGUCGACACUAUCCGCUUUUUCUUGACCAUGCAAGGGCCGCUUGUCAGCGACAGCGACUACGACAAUGACUACAUCGUCCGCGACUACAAGAAAUAUCUCCAGGACGGGCUCGGGAAUUUAAUGAGUCGGACUAUGGGCGUCGCGAAAUGGAAGCCUCGUGUGAGCAUCGACGCUGCUGCGGCUGGCAGUCUUCCUGCACCAACAGAUCUGGACAAAGUGAUAGAAGAAGCCCUUCAUAUAACACCAUCCAGGACGAAGAUGCACAUGGACCUCCUCAAACCCCGGGCAGCCUUACGAGAAGUAAUCUGGUUAAUUCAAGGAGCCCAGAAAUAUCUGCACCUGAGCGCACCAUGGCAGUACAAAGAAGACCCGCAACAAGCGCAGCGCAUCGUGUACAACGUAUGCGAAUCCCUGCGCAUUGCGGGGAUCCUGCUCAGCCCAUUCAUGCCGCAAAAGUCCGCGGAAAUUCUAGACUUUCUCCGGGUAGGCACGGAUGUCUCAAAACGAAACUUUGAGGCCGCGACGUAUGGGGCGGAUUUCGAGUAUGGUGAGGUUGAGAAGACGAGUAAGCUGUUAUUUCCCCCGCUGUUGAUUGAGAAUUAG